AUGGGUGUGGCGGUCUCCACCAGCAUCUCCGGUCUGCCCACGCGCCGGCGUUUCUCUCGCUGGUCUCUUGGGUCUCGCACGUCGCUAGGAAGCAACUCGAUCCUCGUAGGCUCGCCUAGCGAGCACCCCUCACCGUCACCGCUGCAGCACCGUCUGUGCGACCUCCCCUCCUCCAAGUCAGACGCACAUAGCAGUGCCACGACGAACACCACCUCUGCCUUUACCACUGCGGAUGCUGAUGCGAUGACGACUACGACAACGACGACUACCCCAAAGGAGACGGUGCGAGAGACUUCGCCACACAUCCUGUGCGAUUGCCGAGUCAACUCGAACACCGUCAACUCGAUCCACACGAUUCCGUGGGGCACCUUGACAGAGAUGAGACCGUUUGACGACUCCACGGUCACCUGCCGCGCCGACGCACCACAGCGAAACCCGCUGGAGAUCAACGCAUCAGACCACCGCGCCGCGAAAAGAGAAGAGGCGGAGGCAGUGCGGGAGGCGCUGAGGACGGACAUCGACGUGUCUGUGACUUGCAGCGCACCUCGGACAGCGAUGCGGCACGGCAGUCCGAAGCUGCACAUCUCACGCUGCCUGCGCUGGGCGGACAUGGCCGCAGCGGACGAAGCGACGGACCGUGCCGAUGCUGCCGCUGCCUCCUCAACGCCAACGAUGCCGUUUCCAGCCCCCAGCGGUGUCAGCCCAUUGGGACACCGACGCACCUUCAGCCUCUCCAGCACGGACUGUGCCGACCUUAGCAAGGCGGUGAUCGCCACGUCGAAGUUUAAGGCAUCGCACCAGCGACUCUGCAAGGAGUCCCGCUCGCUCGGGCACGGCACCGCUGUCGACCAUAAUAUUCAAAAUAACAUCUGGAGUAGGCAGAGCUAUCGCGAGGAGUGCCGAACGAGUAGCACGCAACUCUCCACGGAGGAGUGGUCCCACCUGUUCGAGCACGUGGACGCCACGGACAACAUGCUCAUCACUGCUGAGGACGAGCUGCAGCGCAGCCACGGCAAGCCAAAGGUGGCGCCACUGCCACAGUAUCCACCGACCGACACAGCCCCGGUAGUCGAUCCACAGCCGCCGCACUAUCCGCGGUCCCCCUCGCUGCAGCCCAACACGUCCAUCACAACCAACGAUGUGGGCUUCACCCCGCUGCGCAUGACCUUCUCGACCACGAGCUCCUUGCUGUCCGGCCCACCCAACCCAGAGAUCGACCUGCAACGGGCCAUCACCGCCGUCGACGCCCACGCGGCCAACAUGCGCAGAUUACUGACGUCCUGGCAGGACAUCGCCAACCACCACCUCGACGCGUUUGCGCGUGCGUUGGACGUCGCCUUGGCCGCCCAACAGCCCGUCUGCGGCUGCCGCUUCUCCGCGGACCUAUCCCCGGAGGAGGACGCGCGCAGGACGCUGGGGAUUGUCGGUCAGGCCGUGCAUCUCGUCUCACAGAUGGAGAACAUGUUCGCCGCCCUCUUGGAAAUGGGCGCGAUGCACCGCCGCUACGACGUCGGCGCAGACCACUUUGAGGCGAUGCAUCGCGCGUUUAUGCAGGUGCUGCCGGACUACGUUGCUGCCGAUCAGCGUGAGAGCCUCUGCGAGGUCGUGUGGGAGCCGUUUUGGCAGCUCGUAGUGCGGCUGCUCUCGCAGGGCUACCGGUCGGAGCGGGGGGAAUGGUACGCGGCCCAGCGGCGAGCGGAGUGGUUGGCGGAUGCCCGGGCUGUCUUGGAAGCCGUCGCCGAGCAGGAGCAAUGCGUGGGCUACCGCGGCACCUUUGUGCCGGCGAUGCUGGACCGCGCCGAGGCCGUCAACCCAGCCAUGUCGCAGUUCGCGCCAAUGCGGGAGCCCCGCAUCGCCACUCGCUGCUUUGAGAAGUUGACGUUCAUCGCCCUCGAGGUCGACGACGAUACGGCGCGGGCGUGCUACAUUGAGCAGCUGGCCCACGAGCACAUCAUCUACGGUCUGUCGGAGUGCGGCCUGCGCGCGCUGCGUCAGCCCUUCAUCGACACCUGCAGGUUCUACGCGACGCUCCGCGGUCGUGCUGAGGUGUGGACCGCCACCGCCGCCGAGUCGUUGGGUCUGUUCUGGGACAUGCUCACGCAGCAUUGGGUGGAGGGCAUCACCGUCUCUCGCUGGUCGUUGGCGGACAUCACACGGCUCCGUGCCCCGAGUGGGUCGCACCCGUUUUGCAUGAUGUUCACCGACAUCGAGGCGGGCUCCCGGCUGUGGGAGCUCUACCCCUCCACGAUGGCGGACGCCGUGGACGCGCACAACAGGCUUCUCCGCCGGCUCAUCGCGGAGCACGGCGCGUAUGAGGUGAAGACGGACGGCGACACAUUCGUUAUCGCAACGAGGGACGUCUUCUCCGCGCUGCAAAUCGCCGUGUCCACCCAGCUGGAGCUCAUGCGGGGCCCCAUCGUGGAGGGCUUCCGCAUGAUUCCUGGAGCCCAGGGCGGUGGAUUGGGCUCGUGCUGGCGUGAGGACUCCCUUCGGGUGCGCAUUGGCAUUCACUUCUGCACCGACGCCUCCGCUGUGUACGACAGCGUGCAGCGGCGCUUCGACUACUACGGGCCCGGCGUGAACUGCGCAGCGCGCACGGCGGCGACAGCGGCUGGUGGUCAAAUCCUCCUCACCCAAUCCGCGAUGAACGCGUUGCGGGUGGCGCGGCGUACACCGGAGGAGUCGCCGAUGCCGCUUGCGGAGAUGCCGCGGGGAUGCAACGCGAUGGAUGUUGUGCUGGACAGUCUCGUCGAGUUUCAGCGGUGGGGCGAGCAGCGCUUUCGAGGGGUGAGUGAGUCGGUGCGGCUCUACUCGGUGCUCCCCAUGCGGCUCUCCGGGCGGGCGUUUCCCUACUACGUCGGCAGCCGUAAGGUCCGAGUGAGUGCACCGAGUGACGUGGAUGGGAGGAGGGAGGUGUAUCGGUUGUCCUUGUCACAGCUGAAGAGCGGUGACGUGGACGAAUCUACACAAGCUCUCUUUUCAGUCAUGAUGCGAUGA